ACGUCCCUUGUAAUACGGGACUGCUGGCAGUGUUGAUACCACUGGAGCUUCCGGGAUAGAAGAACUGAGCAGCUGGCACAGCUCCAGCAGCCUGAACAGCGUGACAUUCCAGCCUUCUACACAUAACAACACCACCCACAAGUCUUCUGUCUCUGGAUAGUCCCUAUUGAUUUCAACAGCUGUGGGUUGGGUCACCUGAUGACUCUUCUGCUGUGCUCGUAGAAAACUUCCCCAUAAAGUAAACACGUGUUAUAACAGAUUCAACUGGAACAAGCAACAGGAGUUAUUCAGUCUCUAUUGUGCUGGUGGGGAGCGAGGCUUCCUGUGACGCAGCAAGAAGUGCGGGGAACAGACGGUUGAUUUGUCUCUGUUGAAUUUUCUCAGCUUGUGGGUCUGAGUUUCCCCUCUGGUGUUUCCUGUCAGAGCAGCAGAGAGCUCAGCACAGAGAGGAGUGGCCCCAGGCCUCAACCUGCAGAGCUGCCGCCCUGUCCCCUCCAGGGUGAUGGCGCCUCAGGCCAAACCUGUCUCAGUGUCCUUCUGGCUUAUGUGUCUCUGCUCUGUUGCCUGUGCUGGGGUUCACCACCUCUCCUAUCUCCAGCUCAUCUCCCCGCAGGCGGCCCCUGGGCUGCCCAGGCGGCUGAGUGUGGAGAGGAUGAAUGACCUGGUGCUCUCAGCCUAUGACAGCAACACCGGCAAGCUGGCUCCUCGCCAUGGCUACACCCCAGGGGACAAGAACAGCCACCAGUUCUGGAGCAUGCGCAGUGCUCGGUGCCCAGUGUGGGACUCCUGGGUGGAGACUGAGUACCAGGCCCUGGUGCGUGAAAUGAACACCAGCUCCCCCAAAACAGAACCCUACUACAUGCAGGUCCUGAAGAUCUGUGAACUGGACGAUGCCACCGGUGCUGCCCAAGCCAUCACCAGAUAUUCCCUCAAUGGGGAGGACGUGCUGCGGUACCAGUCCGACCAGAACCGCUGGUUCUCGGUGCACCCAGCAGCCUGGCGAGUGGCGGAGCGCUGGAACCGCGAAGGGGAGACUUUUGGUGUGAUGAAACUGUUCACACCCCAGCGAUGCAAGUUCUGGAUUGAAAGCUCUGCGCCAUUCACUGCUCAGAAGACAGCCCAACCCACAGCGCGUGUGGCCCUUGUCCCAGGGACCCAGGACCGGCCGCGACGCCUCAUCUGCCACGUGACAGGGUUCUAUCCCCGCGACAUCGAGGUGACCUGGGAGCGGGGGGGCCAGGUGGCCCAGGGGGAGCAGCUGACCAGUGGGAUCCAGCCAAAUGGAGACCCCACCUUCCAGAUCCAGGUGUCCAUCGAGCUGGGGCAGGAGGGGGUCAGCCCCACUGAGCAUGUGUGUGUGGUGAGACAUAUCACCCUGGGGAGUGACCCCCUGAGGGUGACCUGGGAUUCCCAGGCCAUGGGCCAAGCUCGUGUCUCAUUGAUUGUUACUGGCUGCAUCCUCACUGUGCUGGGCAUUGGGGCCCUGGGCUGGUACCUGAGAAGGAGGCAAGGGGCCCGUAAGGGGCCAUAUCACCCGGCGCAGACACAGCCAUGGACCAUUGACUCUGCUCAAGCCACGGCUAAGCCAGCAGGAGGCACCUUUUCCACGACAUUUUCUCUCCUGGAUGCCACCAAGUGACCAGAUGCGAAGCUGGCUGCGCCAGGGCUAUCAGCUAAAUAUAUGGAGAUAUACCUAUCUCAUAGAGCUGGCAGGGACCCCGAAAGGUCAUUGAGUGCAGCCCCCUGCCUUCACUAGCAGGACCAAGUACUGAUUUUGCCCCAGAUCCCUAGGUGGCCCCCUCAAGGAUUGAACUCACAACCCUGGGUUUAGCAGGCCAACACUCAAACCACUGAGUUAUCCCUCCCCUGCCCUGGAGGGAGCCAUAUGGACCAUCUCUGGCAAAGAGGAGGCACUGGGGGGUCAUGGAUAAGGCCAAUAUCCCUGAGGUUAUAGAGUGGGAUGAGAUGUACCUCUACUGAACGUUCGUCCUGUGCUGUUCCCCACCCUCCAAUCAUCCCUGUACCCCAUAGAUCCCAGGCCCCCUAAAAGCAACCCCAGUUUCCAUUCUUUGUCCUCACCCAGGCGGUCUCUCAGUCAUUCUCCUCCUGUUUAAUAUAAUUACUAUAUUGGAUAUAU